UUAUGUGGAAGGGCACAACCUUGAUUUAUUGUAUUUAAGGGCUGGACUCUAUUGAACUUCAUUCAGCUGAAUCCAACAGUGAAGUGACAAUGAAGUGGCUCGUGUUGCUGUCUGCCCUCGUGGCUUUCUCCGAAUGCUUCCACAAGAUUCCCCUGAUCAAGGGAAAGACUGCCAGGGAAGACCUGCAGGAGAAGGGAUUAUGGGAACAGUACAGGAAGCAGUUCCCAUACAACCCCAUGGCCAAGUUCUACCAGAGCGGUACUGAGGGCAUGACCAACGAUGCUGACCUGUCCUACUACGGUGUGAUCUCCAUCGGCACCCCUCCUCAGUCCUUCACCGUCAUCUUUGACACCGGCUCCUCCAACCUGUGGGUCCCCUCAGUCUACUGCUCCAGCCAGGCCUGCGAGAACCACCAGAAAUACAACCCACAGCAGUCCUCCACCUUCAAAUGGGGCGACCAGACGCUGUCCAUCCAGUACGGCACCGGCAGCAUGACCGGACAUCUGGCCAUCGACAACGUUGAGGUGGGCGGCAUCACUGUGUCCAGCCAGGUGUUUGGAAUCAGCCGCACAGAGGCUCCCUUCAUGGCUCACAUGAAGGCUGACGGCAUCUUGGGAUUGGCCUUCCAGACCAUCGCCUCUGACAACGUCGUGCCCGUCUUCGACAGGAUGGUCAGCGAGGGUCUGGUGUCUCAGCCCCUGUUCUCCGUCUACCUGAGCGGCAACAGCGAGCAGGGCAGCGAGUUGGUCCUCGGCGGUAUUGACAGCAGCCACUACACUGGACAGAUCACCUGGAUCCCUCUGUCCUCUGCCACCUACUGGCAGAUCAGCAUGGACAGCGUUACCAUCAACGGACAGACUGUGGCGUGCACUGGUGGCUGCCAGGCCAUCAUUGACACUGGUACCUCCCUGAUCGUUGGCCCAACCAAUGACAUCCAGAACUUGAAUUCCUGGGUUGGAGCCUCAACCAACCAGUACGGAGAGUCCACAGUGAACUGCAAUAACAUCCAGAGCAUGCCUGAAGUCACCUUCACUAUCGGCGGACACGCCUUCACCAUCCCUGCAUCUGCCUACGUCUUUCAGAGAUCCUACGGUUGCAGCACCGGCUUCGGCGGGAGCUCUCAACAGCUCUGGAUCCUGGGAGAUGUCUUCAUCAGGCAGUUCUACGCCAUCUUUGAUACCCAGAAUCAGAACAUUGGCCUGGCCCAGUCUGUGUAAUCACCUGAUGGAUAAUCUAUAAAAUGUCCUGUGUAAAAAAAACUCGGCUGAAC